AUUAAUAAAUUUUGCUUAUGUGAACAAAUAUGUAUCAUCCUUAAAUUCUUAGUCAUGCAUGAUUUAAAAUGAAAAAGUUCCCUACUAGUAUGUUAUCACCAUUAUGCACUCCCAAUUAUAUAGUGCCAAUUAAUUUCAUGCUUAUGUCAAAGCCACUUCAACCUUAGCAAACCUAAUCCACUAUAAUUAUUGUAACAAAAUCAGUAUAUAAAUAAGUACCAUUUUGAUACUUAUUCACUCUCAAGUGAAGUGAAGAGAAUCUAAGUUGAGAAGAAAAAAAAAUGAAGAUUAGUGCAAUAGAGAGUGGAGAAGUUUCUUCAUCCCCAAGAAAAGGGAUGAAGAGAGGGUUAUCAAUAAUGGACUUUAUUUUGAGAGUUUUUGCAGCUGUAUGCACACUUGCAAGUGCUUUGAGUAUGGGAACAGCAAAAGAAACUAUGCCUUUUGCGACGCGGUUUUUUCGAUUCAGAGCUGUUUUUCAUGAUCUUCCUAUGUUUGUGUUUUUUGUGACCACCAAUUCUAUUGUAUGUGGCUACCUAGUUCUUUCACUUGUUCUCUCAUUCUUCAACAUUGUAAGGACUAUUGCAAUGAAAAGUAGGAUUCUCUUGGUCUUUCUCGACACGGUUAUGUUUGGUCUUGUUACAAGUGCGGCUUCAGCAGCAGCAGCCAUAGUUUAUGUAGCUCACUAUGGAAAUCCAAAUGCUAACUGGUUUCCUUUCUGUCAACAAUACAACUACUUCUGCGGACGCAUUUCGGGUUCGCUAAUUGGCUCUUUCAUUGCAGUUGUUGUGUUCAUCAUGCUUAUUCUCAUGUCAGGAAUAUCAAUAAGCAGGAAUUGAAAUGGUUGCCAUGGAAUUGUUGUGGCUUGGUGUGUAAAUAGCCUAAAUUCUGAUAUGUGUUUGCCUAGUUUUCUUUGUUGCGCGCAGAUAAUACUCGGUUUCGGCAUAGAUGAAAUCAUUUGUAUAUUUCAUUUUAUUUUCACCAAAUGUUGCAAGAAAAUAAAAUGAAAAACAGUCCACUUGCGAAUAAAGUAAUUUUAAGAGAAUGAAUGUUACAUUAACCAAACUCAAACAUAAUUGUGAGUACUAG